GUGGGAAGUAGGAGUUGUAUUUGUGCUGUUAGAAACAGUUUUGAAUGCAGUGGUAAAAUGGAGGAGCCUAAAAAAUUAAAGGAGGGGGAACUGAAAUAUUUGUUACGCCUCCUCGACGACCUGUCGCCGGAGGUGUUUGAGGUGAGUCUAUUAAUUAACUAUUAUUUGUGAUUUACUACUAGAGCCAUACCAACCUGAGUUGACAGGAAUAUUGAUAGCCUCGCCUAUUCAGGGGUUAAGUAAAUGUCAUUUUACAGAAAAAAAUCAAAUUUAAAAUAAUACUUGUACUUACGAACGCAUGGCAGGGCUGUUUAUAUUUCUAUCAACAUAGUUUGGUAUGACUCUAUACCAUUGGAAAUACUACAGUUCUUCUAUGACAUAGAAGAAUCCAAACCAUAUAAAGACAUCUCAAAUGAGACAUUGGCCUUUUUGAAGCAAAACCUCAUCAGCAACCCUGUCACCACCUCCAUUAUCCUGAGGUACCUGCAGUUCCACCUCAUGAGAAAGAACUUAAACACCAACAAAAUCCAAACACUUUAUCUGGAGGUGCUAGUAAAUGAUCUGUCAACAACUGAUAGCAUUGACAAGACAAUAACACUUAUGUCUUUAUUGAAAUGGGAAGAUCAAUUCAUACCCCAAUUCACCCAACAAGUCCUCAAACUAGUCUCAGAUGACACAUACAGACAGUAUAAAAAACAAAUUCUAAUCGGUUUAGUGCCUCAAGACAGACCUGAACUCUUAAAGCUUACGUCAGAGUUCAUACAACAGAAUGAGCCGCAGAAAGAAUUCAAACUGACACCCGAGUAUAUGCUGGAACUCUGUUACCAAGACAAAACACACUGGCUUCUAAAAGCUGCUCAAGUCUACAAACACCAGCUACAUGAUAUGAAGAAUGUUACCUUCAAAAUCAACAACUUCACCAAACAAAUACUCAUAAUGGUCCUCAUAGAUUUAACAAACAGCCCAGAAACAUAUGACUUACCAUCUCUAGUCCACCAAUUGUCCAAUAUCUUUUCAAUCUUGGACACAUAUUCCACUCCUGAUGAACAGCUACAAUUCUACAUCACAGAAGUGAAAAGAGAGUUGACUAUAAUUAAAUUCUGCUUAGAAAACAAUUGCAAAAUCAUGACCACGUCAAUAUUUAGCCAGGCUUUGACGCAAAGCGCUCUAGCAUUAAUUUCCCAAGUCUGUAGAUUACCUAAAGUAGACAGGUAUAAAGUAUCAAGACUUUUGAACACAAACAAUGAUAUAAUAACAGAAUUGAUGACUUUACAAGGGAGUACCAGGAGACCAAAAGGUGACCAGAAUUUAAACUGGGACAUAGUGACUUAUAACAGCUAUUGUGCUAUCACCAAAAUUAUAGACACUAUACUAAACGCAGCUGAAGAUUCUGAAGAUGCAGUAGAAAUCACAUCUUCCUUAGACGAAGUUAAACGCGUGGUGUUAUCCAUACAGCCCAUGCAAGCGUGCGUCGAAGUUAUCGAGAACAUUUUCGCAUGCCUCUUCCUAAGAUACGAGUUCUUUUCUUGCCACGAACAUUACCAAGAGUUCCCCUGCGGCACUCAUUCAGACUGUUCAUACUUUUAUUCAAAAAAACAAGUGAAAAAUCCGAAAGGGAACAAGACCGCCAGCGCUGGCUUCAUGUGUAACGCAAUGACAAUGCAGAUUAUUUUGAACACAUUGAAGUUGUGUUUAGAGUCUUUGGAAGACAAUGUGAAUACGGAAACGACAGAUAGUGUGGUCAUAUCGAGGUUGAAACGGCUUGUGAAGGUUGUGAACCACUCUCUUUGGAAGCUGCAGUUGGUUUCCACUCUCCCACCUGACACCGGACCACUGCAGCUAAAACUAUGUUUAGAUUAUGUGGAAGUUGACGAGAGUAGCGAGGAAGAGGAUCGCGAGCUGGACUUGAGGAGCUCUAGGAGGAAGUUGAGGGUGCGGAGACGGCAUACGAACCCCAAGCCUGAUGUCGAGCAAGUGAUGUUAGCAUCCACUAUCUCUGCUACUGAUGAUGUACCCAUGUCUACAAAAGGGAACAUUGAUUUCAUCUCCGUAAUGCUGGCCAAGCCGAACAGCCUGGUGGCACUGGCUCUCUACCACAACGACUUCUCAAAAGCCAAUCAAAUUAUAGAGAUGUUCGAUCUAGCCGACGCAGAGAUCGCAACAGAGGUCUCCUUCACCGAGCAGCUGCGCCACCUGGUAGCGAAGAUCAAAAACAUUAUUUACUACAAAGGUGACACUCCCUACGCCACCAAAGAAUUGUCCGCGCUUUCCGUGGUAUCCACAGAAGUCAUGGGCUUAGUUGAAGGAUUUCUAGCCUCAAACAGGCCUCCCAACUUUUCAUUCGACGUGAUUCAACUAGCUGCUUGCCAUCCUCAUUUACAGCUGUACAGCCACCAGAACGCCUCUUUUAUCAACGCUGUUGAUAUCCUCUUAAGCAGCGGACUGAAUAGAGAAAUAACAUACGGCUUAAUAAAUGUUGUCGAACGAAAACUCGCCGAAGUACGGUCGUCCACGGAUGUUGCUGCCGUGAAGAAAAUUAACUACAUCAGAUUCAUUGAAGAUAUAGCCAGCGUCACCUUCGAGAUCUUUGGCAACACGGAAAAGUCCUUCGAUUUCAUCGACAACGUGUGCGGUCUGAUCGCCGACUGCCGAAUACCGAUCAAACAUAAAGAGUUCUGCAAAAUGAACCAGCUGUCCAAAGAACUGCGGCAAUGCUGCGAGGAUUUAGCAGACAUCGUCAACCCUAACAAGGCUAACAUAGACCCGAAUCUGUUACAGAAAUACCAUCAGAUAUACAUGAACAUCGUGGCCGCAUCCGACAAAGACUUGUGCAAUAUAAGCGAAGUAUCUCGACACGGAAAUAAGAAGACUAGAACACACUACCUCAGGAUGUGCUACAUGUAUUGCAAAACUGUGUCUCAACUAGAACUUGAAGAGAACGCAACGGCCACGACAGAAUCUUCCUACUUCACAGUAUUAGAGAAACAACUGCACGACAUAUUUGGCAGCAUGAUAAAUUCCAAAGAAAUUCCAGUGACAUACUUGGAGCCUAUUUGCAAGAAGCUAAACGUGAACUUGAUACCGAAAUUGAUACUCAAUUUUUGCCCAUCAAUAAUACUGACACCUCACAUGGAAGCUAGUGAGAUGAACUUUAACAAUUUGCUUCAAGCUGUGUACGAGUUUAAAAACACGGAGGAAAAUUUGUUUUUGGAGCCGGAAACCAAUAUGGCGCCUUUACCGCGCGCGCCUACGCCUCAAUGUCUGACUUACAUCGUCUUACACAACUGGGUAUUAGCGCAUUUGAUUAAAAAGAUCCAUACAUCGCCAAACGAUAACAGCCUUCAGCAGAGUAUGGACGCGAGAACGAGAUACCUCAACAACUAUAUGGACUUAGAAAGAUUUAACUAUACGAAAGUUCUCUUUGGAGGCAAUAAGUAUUUGGCGUCAUUACACACCACAAUCGAUCUCGACAAGUUAUUCCUCUUCUUACCUCAGAUGAUUGAAGCUGGGAAGUUGCUCAAAUGCUUGAGUAUAAUUGACGCGUUGUCUGAAAGACAAGUACUUUGCAGCGCUAACCUGAUGAACUUAAGAGACCUAAUACUGUUCAAACUGGCGAUUCACCCGAAGAUAGAGAACAAUUGGAAAUACUGUCAGUACCUGAAGUGUUCUGAGUUGAAAGUAAAUCUCAUUCUGAACAAUUUGAAUAGUUGGCCGGCCGAGGGAGCUCUGGAGGUGUUAGAUUAUUUGAGGUUCCUACUGGAUCGGGAAGUAUUAGACGAAGAUUUACAUGAGAAAUGCUCAAAUUGGAUGGUUAAAAUACCACUAUAUAAUGAGAUCGCAACAAUAAUGGGCUCUAGCCACUGGUACGACGUUUACGAACACUCCAUGAACAACCCCGAGAACGUGAUCGAGGUCCUCAUGGACAGCCAGCAGUUCCAGCUCUGCCUCGACUGGGCUGACGCACACGCGGCCUCCGAACACAUGAAGAACCUGAUCGUCAUGAACCGGCUGCGACAACUCUUUGAAUACACCAACCAGGCCACCCCGACGCUAGUCGGCGAACUGUUGGCGAGUCUACCGACUAGUCAAGCGAUGGAUCUGAUCCAAGAAGAAAUGUCCAAAGUCAGAAAUGUGGAGAUACUGCAAGUGUGCGUAGAUUUUGUCUCAGAGAAUUCAUCAGAUUGGAAAUCUUUUGAAAACAUCAAGAUCGGUUUACAGAUCAUGCUCGAAAUAGAUGUGAAUUUACGACAAAUGUUCUGGGAGUUAAUUGAGAAACCUUUACUCAUGCUUGAGCAAUUUCUCAUGAACGCAAAACUGGAUGUGCUUUCAAUAAUAAUAAAUAAAAUCUCUAGUAAUUUGAAGAAAGAUCCGAGCGGAGACAAUUUAUACUACAAUAUUAAGUUAAUAGACAGCAUAGUGAUAUCAAGGAACUCUGUAGACGCGUUGCUUCGUUUCUACGCGGAGAAAGCUUUAGAUAUGAAUCCAAAGAACACUUGUGUGGCUCCGCCGAAGCCGUCAGAAGAUUCUCUAAUGCAGUCUAUAGACUCUAUAAACAUCGAAGCGGCGUCGCGGCCGUUUGUGAUGCCGGAACAGGUUCCGUCGAAGGAGCAGUGGGCGGAGGACUACUCGACGGACCGCUGCAUGGUGUGCCAGACCUCGAUAUUCUCGAUGAUUAUACGGAGGCAUCAUUGUAGGCGGUGCGGGAGGCUGGUGUGCCAUGUCUGCUCGAGGAAUAGAAUGCAGGUGCCAACAUAUCCAAGCAGCGUGAAAUUCCGCGUGUGCAACGAUUGCUACACUCAAACCACCAACAAGAAACAUUCCUCAGACCAGGACAACAUGAUGCUGAGCAGUAACUCCGACUCUGCCGGCAGCGGCGUCACUUGUAUGGACUGGUGUCUCUCGAUUAACUCUGGGAGAAAUGAGGCUGUGAGGGCAGAGUUUGGAUUCGAAUUUACACCGAAUGUUACUCUGUGUUUGAGUAUUAUGAAGAUGCAUUCCAUCAGCUUGGAAUAUCCCAAAUUUCUGCUAGAUCGUAGCGAUGAAAUCGCGCGAGCGUUGUCAGGCGGCGGCGACGCGAGGCUUCUGGUGCGCGCGCGGCGCUCACUGCUCCUAGCUGCUGCCGAGUUGUACUCCCGCGCACCGCACGAGAUCGCUGGCAGCGGACGCGGGCGUAUAGCGGAGACGGGGGCGGCGCACGCGGCGCGCUGCCUCGCACACGCUGACGCUAUGGCCACACUCGUGCAACAGCAAGCACAUCACCUCGUACCGCGGUUACAACACCCUAGUCAAAUAGUUCGCUCCCUACUAGAAGCCGAGAGAUGGGAGUUGGCCCUAGAGAUAGCUACAAAAUCGGGGAUCCCUCGCAACAGCGUCCUAGCGGCUUGGGGCAAGGCGUGCCUCAAGGCCGGCUGCUUCAAGCAAGCCAGGGAGAAGUUCGCGCAUUGCUUCAAGAAUACGGUCAAUGUUUGUAUGGAGGUGGCUGAAGACUGUGAAUACGGGAGAGAGGCUUCGGAACAGUUCCUGAAUAGGAGAUUGCAAGGAUUGAGACACUCGGAACGUACCAACUCAGUAUCUAGCACGCAAUCCGAAGGCCGUCCUCGAGCCAACCCGCCCCUCCUCAACGAAAUCAUCAGCAUGCUUGAAGACAUGAACUACCCCGUUAACCAGCACAUACUCAACAAGGCGGAGACUAUGAAGUCCACAAACGAAAAACUAACGUCCCAAAACGCAAGCAAAAAGCGCAUCCAAGUGACCGAACCAGCCCUCAACAUAAUGCACACCCUCGCCAGCGUCAAAAAGAUCAAACAGGGCGACUACAGCGACUUCCAAACAGCCACCGUCCAGCCUAAGAAGAGUCUCGCACAAGGGCUUUUACGAAGGAACAACAACCAUGAACCAAAAGUCGAUCAUCUAGUCAAAAAACUCGAUCCAUUCUUUUAUAAAGAAUGUGUUUACUAUUUAACGAACUAUGGUUCUCAUGUAGCGAAUAUAGCGUUUUAUAUGAAGUAUAAGAAUAUGUCGGAGGUGCUGACGUAUUGUUACGAUAACUUGGUGGAUAAGGAGACGUUUACGGAGUCAGUUUACAUGGAGUGUUUGAAGAAGGACAAGGUGAACGAGCUGCUGAAAGCUAUGAGCGAUGUGGAUAGCACGCUGGAUUUGUGGUCGGAAUACAUAAUGCACAUCUGCCGCACCCUCGAAGCGACGAAGCGUCUCGAAGCGCUCUACGCGCUGCAGUGCGCCUCCGGGCAGCACGCGCGCGCCUCCGCCACAUGCGCGUUGCUAUACGCUCGCCCCGUACGCAGCACGCCUUUCACUGUGCUGCAUAGUAGGAGUGGAACUUUGGCGGCUGCACACCAUCAUUUGUCACAGUGUGUUCCUGCUACCAGAACCAACGACCCGAAAUCCAUCCACUUCCACCUCGACAAAAUUACCAUAGACAACCUCAUGACCACGAUAUCUCGUCAAAUGGAAGUCGCCAAAUACCUAGCGGCGAACGAAGCUGCCGGGCGGUUACCUGUCAACGUUAUAGAUGAGGUUAUACCGGUGCAGAGUAGGAGAGAUCCGGACGCUAAAGAGUUCAGACCACUGACACUGUUCGGAUCCAAUACGGACAAGAUACGGAUCGUGGCUUUGAUAUUAGCUACGGGACAGUCGGUUAAGGACGGAUUCGACUUAGCAUUCAAGGUAAUAACCGAGCACAAGCUGGACUCCAUGAACAUCUACACGCACGUGGCCAAGUACCUGGUGAACACCGACCGCUUCAUGGAAGUCAAGACUUUGGCCAAAUGCAUCAGGGAGUCUAAGGAGACUGCGUCCAGUUUAAUGAGCGAUCAAGUAUUAGAAUGGGGAGUAGGCGCAGUGGUAGCGCGGUGCGAGGCGCGAGGACAGUUGCACGACGAGCAAGCCGAGCUGCUUAUACAACAUGUCUCCAGCCUCAGCAUUAAGAUUUCCUGCUACUUACUCUGCCGAAACGUAAGCAAUGCAUACAUACUAGCCGCUCGCCACGAUCGCACCAACGAGCUACGCAGAGUCCUACACGAGGCCGAGCGCCUCGGCCACGACCAGGUGCGCUCCGCCUGCCUCAAGCGGCUCACAUCCAAGUCUGCCAUUAACUGAACAUGUCACCCGUCGCAUAUACUAGUGCUGUCUCUGUCACUCUUACCGUGACACUGAGAACCAACGAGCUACGCAGAGUCCUACACGAGGCCGAGCGCCUCGGCCACGACCAGGUGCGCUCCGCCUGCCUCAAGCGGCUCACAUCCAAGUCUGCCAUUAACUGAA